AACUCCAUGCCCUCUGGGACACCAAGCCCACUUCUGGGUACUGGCCUUUAGGGGCCUUGGAUGUGGGUGGCACAGCACGGGCUAAAUGGUGCCCAGGAGGAAGGCAGCAGGACUGUGGGCAUGCAGGCCUAAUGCCAGGGCCAGGGCAGGCUUCAUGCCUGCUUCCUCCCGUCUAGAAUCCUGGAGCCGCACAAUUUCCGACCCAACACCCUGUACUCCAGUGACUGACUCAACAGAAGCUGCUGCCGGCAGAUGCUGUGUGCUGCGGACCCACCUGGGGUUCAUGGAGUGGGCCACGGGGCCCAGCCCUGAGCACUGCUGUACCCAGGCUCGCCGUGCCUGCUGCUGAGGAGUCCCCGUGCUGCUGGCUCUCACCAUUGCCCUCGCCUGCCGAUGGCCUCUGCUGCCCAGCCUGGGGCCAGCUCUACCGCCUGAGCCCCCUGCCCCCCUUCAGGACUCACCGUACCCCGAUGGGGUAACGUGACAGAGGCCCCGCACGUCAGAGGCCGCUGUCCCCACGGCCGCUGCCCGUGACCCCUGGCCCAAGGCUGCUGGAGUUGGUUCAGUUCAAGUUCAUUCUUCCUUUGGCCCUUGGGGGCUUGGGGCCCACCUCUGAGUGAAGGGGGCUGUCUGCCCAGCCACCGAUGUGGAGAGGGCGCCCCCAGCGUGGGGUCCAGCUCUGGACACUGCUUGGCGGCCGGAUUCUCUUUGGGCUUUUAAGUUUUCUUUGCUGAGCUUUUUUUGGUUGUUCUUUUUAUUUUUUGCCUCUUUAUGACUAUCCAGCUGUGAGAGACAGGAGUUUGGAGUUGCCUGCUUUACUUUGGGCGGGGAGGGGGCUGUUUUUUCUCUUUUCUUUUUUAAGAUUUGGGUUUUCUUUUUUAAUUAUCCAAACACUGGGCAGCUUCCUCCCCCACGCCUAAGUAUUUGCACAAUAUUUGUGCGGGGUAUGGGGGUGGGUUUUUAAAUCUCGCUUUUCUUGGACAAGCACAGGGAUCUUGUUCUCCUCAUUUUUGGGGGGUACGUGGGGACUUCUCAGGACGUGUCCCCAGCCUUCUGUGCAGCCCCUUCUGCCCUGCCGGGCCUGUCGGGAGGCGCCAUGGCUCGGAUGAACCGCCCGGCCCCGGUGGAGGUGAGCUACAAACACAUGCGCUUCCUCAUCACCCACAACCCCACCAACGCCACGCUCAGCACCUUCAUCGAGGACCUGAAGAAGUAUGGGGCCACCACCGUGGUGCGCGUGUGUGAAGUGACCUAUGACAAAACGCCGCUGGAGAAGGACGGCAUCACAGUUGUGGACUGGCCGUUUGACGACGGGGCGCCCCCGCCCGGCAAGGUAGUGGAAGACUGGCUGAGCCUGGUGAAGGCCAAGUUCUGUGAGGCCCCCGGCAGCUGCGUGGCUGUGCACUGCGUGGCGGGCCUGGGCCGGGCUCCAGUCCUUGUGGCGCUGGCCCUCAUCGAGAGUGGGAUGAAGUACGAGGACGCCAUCCAGUUCAUCCGCCAGAAGCGCCGUGGAGCCAUCAACAGCAAGCAGCUCACCUAUCUGGAGAAAUACCGGCCCAAACAGAGGCUGCGGUUCAAAGACCCACACACGCACAAGACCCGCUGCUGUGUCAUGUAGCUCAGGACGUUGACCGGGCCUGGUGGCCCUGCCCAGCCCUGCUCUGCCCAGCCCAGCAGGGGCUCCAGGCCUUGGCUGGCCCCACAUCGCCUUUUCCUCCCCGACGCCCCCGCGCACUUGUGUCCGAGGAGGCCCCUGGCCCGUGUGGCCUCCGGGCCUUCUCCUGUCUCCGCCGCUCUCUCUGGCAGCGCUGGCCGUGGCUCUGUCUUUCCGAGGUGGGUCGGGCGCCCUCUUCCCUGGACCCCCGCCCGCCCCCUCCCACACCAGCCCAGGCCGAUCUCCUCUGGCCUGUUUGUUGCAGGGCGGGGGUACAUUUUGUAACCACUGGGCCCCCCCAGCCCAUCUUCUGCGACCCCUUGCCCUGACCUGUUCUCGGCACCUUAAAUUAUUAGACCCCAGGGCAGUCAGGUGUUCUGGACACUCGAAGGCAAUAAAUCAGGAGCCGUGGCAUGGC